AUGAAGAAUCAAAUCGACCACAUUUGUAUCAGCCGAAAAUGGAGAAGGAGCCUCCUUGAUGUGCGUAACAAGCGUAGCGCCGAUAUAGCGUCCGACCAUCACCUCCUAAUCAGCGAGAUCCUGCUGCGUAUUGCAAGGAUUCAUCGACAGGAGGACCAAAUCGGGCGUCGGUUUAACACACGUCGUCUGGAAGAUGCUGCGGCAAGAAGGUAUUUCGUCGAGGAGCUGGAGAACCAUGCUGCAGAUAUUCCGGCAGGUGGAAGCGUAGAAGAUCAAUGGACUGCCAUCAAGAACGCCUUCAUCACCACCGGCGAGAAUAAUCUGGGUGAGCUACAUACCCAGAGAAAACAGUGGACACCAGAUGGCACCUGGAAGAAGAUAGAGGAACGAAGAGACGCCAAAGCCGCGAUUGAGCGAGCUAAAACACGAGGAGCCAAAGCCGCAGCCCGUCAGCACUAUUCGGCUCUAGAGAAACAAAAGAAGGACAAAAGAGCGUGGGCAGACUCCGUCUCUUCUACGAUAUCUAGUGGGACAAAGAUAAUGCUACGUUGCCCGUGA